AUGAAAAUACUCAAUGUGAGAAUAAGAAAUCAAUAUUACUUUUAGAAAGUUUAUAAUAUUUUUAAGAUAAUACUAUUUUUGAAAGUGAAGAUUUUAAUUCUUUUGCAUGUGGUUUAGGUUAAUUUGAGAGAUAGUUUGGGCAAGUAAUAUAUUGUGCUGAUUGUUUAUGCAAUAAGGACCCAGAUUUCAUUAAAAGAAGGAAAUUAUUAUAUAUUGAUUGUCUGAAUUAAUAGAAGACAUGAUAUUCAAAUUCAAUUUGCACAGAAGACUACGUAUUACUAAUUUCAAGCUCAACAAGCACUUAUUAAAAGUAGGCCAGAAAACCAAUAGAAAAUGAAUAUUUACUCUUAAAUUUCAAUUCUAAAGAUCGAGCUUAGUUAAGGUUUCUUAGAAGAAAUAAUUGCAAAUUCUGAUUAUAUUCUGGGACUAAAUUUUGAGAAAGAAAUACAAAUUGAAUACGAAACAUAUUAUUUAAUUAUUAACUGA